UCUUGGUUUGUAACUUUGUAAUUUGUAGUUAUAUUGUCAUUGUCAUUCUAAACAUUACAAUUUUUGUUUGCGUUCAUAAUUUAUUAUUUUAUGAGUCUCUAAUGCGGUGAUCGUGAAAAAUGAGCGAUUUUGCCAAUGCCACUGAGGCUGCUUCCCUGGCCGUGCAAUUCGAUCAGGCGGGACAGACGGACAAAGCUGUGGAAUGCUAUAGGACAGCCGCGAGAUUGCUGGAUAGAGUUCGGGAUCAAUUUCCUCCAGAAAAACAACAAGAUGUUAGGAAUAAAGUUCAGGAGUAUCUAGAAAGGGCCAAUGUGUUGAAAGAGCAGCAAGAAAGAGCUCAACAAGCAAGUAGCGAGCGUGCAAUGCAACAAUGCUACUUCCUCAUGCAACAGGCUUUAGAUGCUGAUGAAGCCAACCUGAAAGAUAAUGCAUUACAGCUGUAUACUCAGGCUGUUGAAUUGGCUGUUUCUGUUAAAGCAAGUGAUCCAGAUAUAAAAGCAAAGAUUAAAGGUUUAGCUGAGCAAGCCCUUGAUAGGGCUGAGGAGUUGAAGGGUAUUAGGCGGAUUGGAGCUUUGUCAAUUAAUGAACCAAAGAGGCCAGUGGUAACUCCAGUUAAACCCGUCCUACAAAGAGACCAAAGCGUACACCUAAAAGUAAGUGGAAAGCAAGCCACUUACUCAGAAGAAGAAAAAGAGGUUCUACGUACAACUUCAAAUAUCAACAACAAUUGUUUUUUACCGUUUAUGGACGUAGACUUAUCGGAGAAGUUCCAAUAUGCUAUACCUUUUGAGGAUAGAGCCAGUGAGUUGAAGCUGUCUUCGAAACAGGAGAAGGAAUUUGAUAGCUGGGUGCGGCCGCAUGAAAUAUGUACGGAUCCAAAGAUGAUUGUGGGAGAUCAUGUUGACUGUUUUAGUAUUAAGCAGACUAUAGUAUCAGACUGCUCAUUCGUAGCAUCGUUAGCAGUCAGCGCACUCUACGAGAAGAGAUUUAACAAGAAGAUCAUUACUUCCAUCAUCUACCCUAAGAACAAGAGCAAGUCGCCGGUCUACAAUCCCUUUGGCAAAUAUAUGGUGAAGCUGCAUCUCAAUGGUGUUAGGAGGAAGGUGAUAAUAGACGAUCGCUUGCCGUACAGUAAAUACGGCCGGCUUCUCUGUUCGUACUCGAGCAACAAGAACGAGUUCUGGGUGUCUCUGCUAGAGAAGGCUUAUAUGAAGGUCAUGGGAGGAUAUGAUUUUCCUGGCUCGAAUAGUAACAUAGAUCUCCACGCCCUAACAGGCUGGAUACCUGAAAGGUCAGCAAUCCGAAACGGCGAACCAGAUUUUAACGCAGAUGCCUUAUACGAGAAGAUCAGAACCAGACUGGAGAGAGGCGAUGUGUUAGUCACAGUGGCUACUGGUCCAUUGUCAGACGCGGAAGCAGAACGCACGGGGCUAGUAGCCACACAUGCCUACGCCGUGUUAGACGUCAGACUGGCUAAUGGUGUAAAACUCCUAAAACUCAAAAACCCGUGGUCCCACCUCCGUUGGCGCGGCAACUACUCGGAGCUCGACCUAGCACACUGGACGCCGUCACUACGCGCGUUACUGAACUACGAUCCGGACAGCGCAGCGCAGUAUGACAACGGCGUAUUCUGGAUAGACUACGCGAGUAUACUGAACUUCUUCGAUGUUUUUUACUUGAAUUGGAACCCGGAGAUGUUUCAGUAUACUUAUUGUAUACAUCAAAAAUGGGACGCCGGCACUGGUCCAGCCAAAGACGCGUACAACAUAGGCGAGAACCCACAGUUCUCUCUCCACGUGCAGGGACGCGGAGCCGUCUGGUUGCUCCUAACCCGACACAUCACGCAGAUAGACGACUUCAGAGACAAUAAGGAGUACAUCACUCUGCUCGUGUAUAAGAACGGCCGCCGGGUUUACUAUCCCUACGAUCCUGAACCUUACAAAGACGGAAUAAGGAUCAACAGUCCUCACUACCUAUGCGAGUUACUAAUAGGAGAGAAUAGCGCGGACAGAUAUACUCUGGUUGUGUCUCAGUAUGAGAAGAGUAAAACUAUAUUCUACACGUUGAGGGCUUAUGCUACGUGUCCCUUCACGCUUAGCAAGCUUGAGCCUUAUCCGUAUAAGAAAAUGCUAAAAGGCGAAUGGACAGCCCGUACGGCAGGUGGUUGCGAGAACCACCGAGCAACCUACCCAAACAACCCAAAAUUCACCAUCACGGUGCCCGAAGCCAGGUCUCCUUGCAACAUAGUGAUAGAACUUAAAGGCCCUAAGCAGUAUCAGAUGGGAGUAGACGCGAGGGUCGAGGCUUUAGACGACCCUACCGUUACUGCGCCGUUUUUGAAGGAGAGCUCUGGUCCUUAUAGGGCCGGUUUCGUAGUAUUAGAGCUACGCAAUCUUCCCGCCGGUCGGUACAUUCUUACACCUUCGACCUUCUACCCAGGGCAGGAAGGUCCAUUUUUCCUUGAACUAAGAUCAACUUGCCCCAUUACAUGUGAGGGACGCAACUAGCGAGCUGUUGGCAGAAGGAAGCAAGACGAAAGUAGGUUUUAAUUUCAUUGUAUUAAGGUUAAAAAUCGAAUGCAUAGACAUUGAAUUUGAAUCGAGAACAUCAUUAUUUAUUUUCAAAUGUUAUAAAGAAGAAGAAGAAAGUUAUAAAGGUAUGUUUUGAAAACUAGCUGCCGAUCGCAACUGCCUAUCACACGUGCCUCGAUUGCAUGAAUACGAACGCAGCUGCACUGCUGGUUUGUAUGAAUUUUUACAUGAAACCCUUUUGGAUCGCAGCGGCAGCAGUACGUGCAGUCGCCCUCCGUUAUUGACCGAUUUCAUGCAGUCGCUCCAAGUGCGGUCGGCACUCGCAGUCGGCAGCUAGCAUUCAAAACGCACCUUUACAGUAACGAGUGUUCGAUUUUUAAACCUAAUUUUAAAUGACGUGUAAAUAAAUAAUAAUUUAAUUGUUGAAUGGAUUUUGAACUGUAUGCUGAAGAAGUUAGUGUCUAAAAUGCUUUAAAACGUGUUGCUAGAAUUUUUGCAGUUUUAUUGAUGUUACAAAUGAUACUGUCUAUAGAUGAAGUCUCAGUAAUUUUAUGUUUUUUUUUGUUCUAGAAUAAAAACUAUUUUUGGUUCGUUUUGAAACUAGAAAAAUGUAUUUUGUAUAGGAAUGUUUUCGUCCAUGUAGGCCUAUGUGUUGUGAUUUAAUUUUGUCCAUUAAAAUUUAGUGAUUUAUUUAGAUCUGUAACUUUAAAAUUAUAUGUCAAAAAGCGUACACACUACAAGAAAAUUUAUUUUGAUUGAGCAUAAAAAAACUGCACCUUUGUGGUAUUAAUCCAAAAGUAUCGAUUCUGGUUUUAAUUGCCAACAGUUGUAUCGAAGAGAGAGAUGAUUGAGAGACACAAAUUGACCAUAGAGAAUUAGUAACCAUAGAGUUAACGCAACUUUUACUAUAAUUUGUCUAUGAAAAAAUAUCACAUUUUAAUAAAGAAAUAUGUACACAAAAAUAUCACAAUAUUCCCUAGAAUUGACCAGACAUUUAGUAAGAAGAUUUCCUUAGGCCGAUUAAGUGUUUUCCGCUAAAUACUCGAGGGUAUUCCGCGGGAUUCCAUUUGCGUCGCUCCAAACAUUGUUAGCGACAGAGUUGGGUUUGUCUAUGGGGAGUUCUGGUUUUAAAUUCUUGCUUGACUAUGUAUUUUUUGGUAAGAGGUUUUACUUUUUUUUUGUUUCAAGCAGUUUUGUUAUGUAAAUGGAGGUUGAAUUUGUUAGUAUGAAUUAUGAAGUGAACAUAUCGUGGAAAUAUUGACGCUGGCUUAUUUCUCUUAUAAUAUUUAAAAUGAAUGAAUUUUAAAAUAUUUCUAUGUUAACAUUGUGACUAACAAAAAUGAUCACGUAACACAGCUUUUGUCAAAACACAGGUUUAAAAAAAAAAGUUUCACAAACCACUACUUUAUAAUAUUUUAAAACAUGUUAAAACUAAAGUUUGUAAAACGAAAAACAGAAGUGCGAAGCCGUGGUAACAGCUAAUUGCGAUUAUGUAAAUGUAGUCCGUUUUUGUGCACUACAGUGUACGUUCUCUAAAGGAUGAUAACGGCUACUGUAAUGCGGAUGUAUCUAAGUUUUUUGUGUCAGCUUUUUAGCUUCUGACCGUAGUUUUAACUGCAGUUUUCUGUAAACGAUAUAUCAGUUGUUUUACGAUUAGAGAUUGUUACAUCCAUACUAACAUAAUAAAGAAGAAUAUUUUUUGGUUUUUGUUCCUCAACCGUCUUGAAAAAUUCUUUCACUGUUGCAAAGCUAUAUUCUUCCCGAGUAACAUUGGCUAUAUUUUAUCCCGGUACCGGCAUUAGUUCCUACAGGACGCGAGUAAAGCCGCGGGAAAGCGGCUAGUAAUUUAUAUGGAGUUAAUGUGAAAAUUCAAUCUCUACUCGUAAAACAACAGAUAUAUAAAUUAUAGAAAUCCAGGAGUGAUUCCGCCAAACUUUUUGUGCACAUUUGUUCGAGAACACCAAUUUUAACGCGUCAUAGUAUGUUCGCGCAGUAAGGUUUCAGUUUUGCGAAUAUUUUCGAAAAGUUUGUAUGAAUGUAAAUCAAUUGUUUAAAGUCACUAGUCAAGGUAAAUCGUCCAAUUGUAUGGUAAGACCAGAGCAAGAUAAUAAACGAUACAUAAUAAUCGAUUAGUACAUAUAAAAGGUGUUCAAGAAAUUAUAUAUUAGCAGUGUUUAAUAAUGCCUUAUAACAAGAAGAAUAUAAAAUGUUAAAACGUAAAAAAUAGCAAUAAGAGGCCUUAUAUAUGUAUCCAUAUUCCUUUUCCCUUCGUCUGUACGACAGUUUAAUAUUUCGUUAAAACUGUCUUAAUAAAAAACAGAAUCUUAUUAUUUGACGAAAAAUAUUAUAAGUUAUUAAGUACAUCAGUUCAAGAUUUUUUUACACCUCAUAUUCAAAUCAUAGAUAUAAAGAAUAGAGGGCAUUGCAUAAUAGAAAUGUAUCUUUGAUAGACAGAGCUGCGUGAUUUCUCUCACGCUUUUUAUCCUGUGAUUCGUCAAAGCCGCAAGGAGAAUUUAGCGUAAAGUACCACCACGUAACUUUGCAAUUCUAUAGUUAACCAUUUUACUCCUUGAGCAUUUAUUCGUACAGAUAUUGUCGAGAAGGUUUGCUUGUCUGAAUUUGGCUACUAAUGAUUUCACAAUAGUCAAAAAAUAUAUGAGAAUAACACUAGGUACGUAAGUCAGCCAAAUGGCUAGUUUCAGAAGUGCAAAGUAACGUGGCGCAAACUAUAUUCUUAUAUCUCUAUGGUUUAAAUAGGAGGCCAAGGCUUGUUCGCUUAUUCUGCCGUUCCGCUCUCAAAGUUACGCAUUUCACAUGUCUCGCUCUGCUGUGAUAAUUUAGUUCUUAAGGUCAAAUCACAGUGUAUUAUAAUAAUGUUAAAAAUGUAUUUUCUUUUUAUAGAAUGUUAAUUAAUAAAUAUAUUUUGAUAAUAA